UCACACACGCAGGAGUCCAGCUGCCACUCAGCUGGCACCUCUGGAUGUGUGAUUGGCCUGAGGUCAAUGAGGGGCAGGUUGGUCCCGCCCUCUUCCAGAUGUGCGUCUCGCUCCAGUGUCCUCAGUCCGCUGCUGCCUGGCUGCGGGAGAGUGCCGCGCGUCGGGAAGUCAACAGGAGGGUGCGCAUGGGUCCGUCUAAAGUCUCAUCAGCGAAGCGCAGACUCCUGUCGCCGGGGCGCUACUCCUUCUGAUGUGUUGUUGAUCGUGUUUUUUUUUUUUUUAUCUGCACGCUGGACUUCACACUGGAGGAGAUAAGACUACCUGAGCGGGUUGAGAUGCAGAGCUAAUGGAGGCAGGCAGGACUGAGCGCGGUGCCACUCCAGCGCACUGAGCAGAGAGAAUCACAGAGCCUCAUUCGGAGCGGAGCGCAAUCUGCCGCAUCACCCGUGCGUCCUUUCUCAGCGCUUCAACUAAUUCUGGCCACAUUUCCGCCAAACUGUGGAGGCAAAGGAGCCUGUUUUGUUUUCCUGGCAGCUUAAUGGAGAUCACACCUCGCUCUUACCACAUGCAUCUGAGCACGGCGUGAGGUGAACCCCAAGCCCGAGAAGAGCGACCUGCGGGGGCGUGUAGUUUAAUUGAAAUCGAUCCAGCGAUUUCUUUUUUUUUUUUUUUUUUUUUUUUUUUUUUUUUUUGAAUGUGAAGCGGCAGCAGAGGUUGUUUCUCCUCUCCUUAUCCUUCCUCUCCUCUCACCUCCAACAUGACUUCACUGUCUGGGACUAAGGAGAGGAGCAGCCGGAGCAGAAAACAUGGGAUGCCCGACUCCUCUCCGACAAAAUCGUCCUCCUUUUUCCCCGACACGUGGUGCCGAAAGGCCUACGAGGAAACCUCCCGCUCCAGCACUCGCCCGGCGCCCGAGGGAGCCGGCUCCAUGCCCAGCUCCACAGGCACCCCUUCCCCAGGCUCGGGAAUCUCAUCACCUGGAUCCUUCUCUGGAUCUCCGGGGACCAUCUCCCCAGGGAUUGGCACUGGAUCACCGGGUUCUCUCGGUGGCUCUCCGGGUUUUGGGACCGGGUCGCCGGCCUCGGGGAGCGGAAGUUCCCCGGGAAGUGAAAGGGUGAUAUGGUGCGAGAGCUGCAACACACAGCUGACAGAGCUGAAACGUCAAGCGCUGAAGCUGCUCAUCCCUGGACCAUACUCCAGCAAGGACCCCUCCUUCUCACUCCUCCUCCACGACAAGCUUCAGGUGACCAACAGCUCUCGGCGGGCGUGGAACGAGCGUGACAGUCGCUGUGAUGUCUGCGCCACGCACCUCACUCAGCUCAAGCAGGAAGCUGUACGCAUGGUCCUCACCCUCGAUCAGUGGGAUUUGUCUCCCACUUCUUCGCCUCCAGCUCGGUAUGGAUCUCACGGACCUUCAGGACCAUCGGGAGCCUCGGGGGGUCCAGUUUCACGCGAAUGGGCUCCUUCGAUUCUUCCCUGCUCUUCUGUGACUGCUCCCUACACUCCUCCCUCAUCUUCGCAGUCUCCUUCUCCAAGCCCCGGUCAGACCCCAACUCCAAGCCCAAUCCAUGGACAAUCCACCCCCAGUCAAGGGAGUCCCUCAGGGGUGCAAACGACCAGCUCUGGUCCCACUAAUCAACAGCUCCAAGGAGCAGGACACAGACUGGGAUCUAAGCCAAGCUCUUUGGGUCUGGGAGCAGGGGCAGAUCGAAGGAAUGGUUUACCCAGUUCAGGAAAAGCUGGUGCCCAACAGCAACCCGGGAGUGGAGUAAACAGCCCCAGUAACAACGGUGGAGGAGCCGUUCUAAGUGCAUCUGCUUCACAGGCUCAUCAGCACCAGAACCGGACUAAUGGAGGAGUUACCCUGUACCCAUACCAGAUCUCCCAGAUGAUCUCCGACACCUCAAGAGAAGGAGUGACUGAAGCUGCCCUGAACCGCUACAACUCGCACUCCCCUGCACACACGAACUCGCCGUCACACACAAGCUCUCCCUGUAACACGCCGGCUGUAACCACCUCGGCACCGACUGCCACUUCUGCGGCGGCCUCCUUCUUCGCCAGAGCUGCUCAGAAAUUGAACUUAACAUCAAAGAAGAAGAAGCAGAAGACCGGCGCGGUUACGGCCCCAGUGACAUCAUCUCCACCCCCGUCAUGUGACCCUCACGUGUUCCCGACUAACUUCAGCUCUGCUUUGUUGACGGCGCCUCCACCUGCUCCGCCUUGUCUUCUCCGUGCAGCCAACAAGAUCAAAGAUACUCCUGGGCUUGGAAAGGUGAAAGUGAUGGUCAGAGUGUGUCCCAUGCCUCAGUCUGAUGCAGCAGAGUCCAGCUCCUUCUUAAAAGUGGAUCCCAGAAAAAAACAGAUUACCAUCAUGGACCCGUCAACAAAUCAGACACCAAGUGCUGCCUCCCAGAAAAGGACAGGAGCCAAUCACGUUCCUCCGAAGAUGUUCACCUUUGACGCUGCAUUUCCUCCUGAUGCAUCACAGGCGGAGGUGUGUGCAGGAACAGUGGCCGAGGUCAUCCAGUCUGUGGUGAACGGAGCCGAUGGCUGCAUCUUCUGCUUUGGACACUCCAAGCUGGGAAAGUCGUACACAAUGAUUGGCCGUGAUGACUCUCUUCAGACCCUGGGUAUAAUCCCCUGUGCCAUCUCCUGGCUGUUUAAACUCAUCAAUGAGAGAAAGGAGAAAACGGGAGCACGCUUCUCUGUCCGGGUCUCUGCUGUGGAGGUUUGGGGAAAAGAGGAAAAUCUGAAGGACUUGCUGUCCGAGGUGGCCACAGGAAGCUUGCAGGAUGGGCAGUCACCUGGAGUCUAUCUCUGCGAGGACCCAAUCUGUGGCAUGCAGCUCCAAAACCAGUCUGAGCUCCGUGCUCCCACCCCAGAGAAGGCGGCCUGGUUCCUGGACGCGGCCAUCGCAGCUCGCCACAGCAGCCAGCGGCCAAACACCUCAGAGGAAGAACACAGGAACUCUCAUAUGCUCUUCACAUUGCACAUAUACCAGUACCGCAUGGAAAAGACAGGCAAAGGAGGCAUGUCAGGAGGUCGUAGUCGCCUUCACCUGCUGGAUCUGGGGAGCUGCGACGUUAAAGCACUCGGAGGAGGUGGUGGAAAAAGCAGAGAGAACUCUUCGCCAAGUUCGGCCCCUCUGUGUCUUUCUCUGUCCGCCCUCGGGAACGUGAUCCUGGCCCUGGUCAACGGGAGCAAACACAUUCCAUACAAGGACAGCAAGCUGACCAUGUUGCUAAGGGAGUCGCUAGGCAACAUGAACUGCAGGACCACCAUGAUUGCUCACAUCUCCGCCUCACCCAGAGAUUUCUCCGAAACCCUCUCCACAAUCCAGAUUGCGUCGCGCGUCCUCCGCAUGAAAAAGAAGAAAACUAAAGUAACUGUGCAAUAUACAUCGAGCUCCUCUGGAGGAGAAAGCUCCUGCGAAGAGGGUCGCAUGCGUCGUCCGACUCACCUGCGAGCUUUCCAUCACCGUGGUGACGCUGACUCUGAACUGCCGCUGCUGAGACUAUCCAGCGACCCUGACGAGUACUCGAGCAGCGAGCAGUCCUGCGACACGGUGAUCUACGUGGGCCCAAACGGGGCGGCGGUGUCGGACAGAGAGCUGACGGACAACGAGGGACCUCCGGAGUUUGUGCCCAUUGUCCCGGCUUUGCUCCGAGGAAAAACAGCCGAGCAGCAUCAGAUACACGGGCAAGGUCAAGCAGCUGCAGCCCAGAAAAAGUCUCAGACAGACGAACAGUCGGGUGGCGCAGCCCAAACGCAGCCCUCUCAGUCGCUGGUUGGUCAGCCGUUGGCCCCGGUCCCAGAGGAAGGAGCUGAAUGCCUCAAAUGCAACACCUUUGCUGAGCUGCAGGAGAGGCUGGACUGCAUUGACGGCAGUGAGGAGGUGGCAAAAUUUCCUUUUGAAGAGGUUCCUGCAAGCAAACCAAGCGCCAAACAAGAACCAUGUCCUUCCUCAUCUGCUCCUGUUUCUGCAGAGGUGUUGGAUACAGAGACCAAAUUAGCAGUAGCGGCCUCUGGGCGGACAAGCAAUGACCAGCAGCUUCAGGAGAUCAAGGAGGUGGUGGAGGAGGCGGAGCUGGCUCAGACAAUGAUCCACAGUUUAGCUCAGGCCACUGGAUGCCCCCUGGUUACCAGCUCCAGGAGCAUUACUGGAAGCAGCAGCAGCAUCACCUCCAACCCCUUACACAGGGCCAAGAGCUCUCAGCUACAUGACAGCCGCGAGAAUCUGAAUGUGGUUGGUAAUAUCGAGGGGAAGGGACGUCCUCUUGGAUCACCGCGCUUGGGCAUCGCAAGCCUGACAAAAACCUCAGACUACAGACCUCCGUCUUCCCCAUCACAGCGAUGUAAGGUGUACACACAGAAGGGCGUGACACCAGCAACCCCUCCGCCAUCCUCGCACAACCUGGCUCAGGAUGGCCAGGCUACUGAUGCGUUGACAUCUGACAACAGUUUGGCUGCAGACAGCGGCCGCUCCUCCACAGAGUCCCUGCUGUCCAGGACCUCUCCUACGGGCAUGAGCCCACAAGUCCGAGAGCCAACCGCUUCCCUCUCUGCCAGCCUGGGGUCGGCUGAGACACUCUGCGACGACGACGUCCCACCGAUACCUUUGGACACGCACAAAGAUGCCUCAGCAGCAGGAGGAUUUGUUGCAAGAAGUGGACCUCUCCUGCCUAGGGAAGAUGAAGUGGAGGACGUUGCUGUUUCAGAUCUCGUUAAAGACCAGAGCUCGGUCGGUCGCCCAUUGAGCAUCAUCAGCUUUAAAAGCGACUGUGGCUCCGAAGCUGCCCUCGCUUUAGAGCCUCAGCUCAUGGGGAUCACCAGUGAUGCUGCUGUGGAUGAAGCAAUGCAAAAUUACCACUUGUCUUCAGGUCUCGCAGCAAACACAGGCGUUAAGGAGGUGGUUGCAAUGGCAGAGGUGGCUAUGGCCAAGUUGCGGACUGGCGAAACUUCAGCCAUAGGGAAGUCAAACUCGGGAUCUCCCAUGUCCUCCUGGAUGAGCGACCUCAGCAUGUGCAGCGAAGCAGAUCAGUCUCUGCACAGCUUCAGCCAGUCUCAGAGUCAGCAAGGGGAGGCGCUGGCUGAGUCUGAAGCCAGCCAAACAUUUGGAGUUGAGACUCUGGAUGGUAGUGGGAGCAGAGGAAGCUCAAGAAGAGGGAGUCUAGAAGGAGACCUGGUUCUUUCAGAUAAGAGCACCCCAAACAGAGACAGACAGAGAAUGCUGCCCCCAUCUAUGGCGAAAACUAACAUUCAGGUUCUGGCAGGGCCUGGAAAUAUUGCCCCUUUCAAGACCACUAAAAGCGUUCACCCUUGCAUGGUUGUCAAACCCAUGGUUAUAAAUGAGCCCACCAUCCUCUCCUCCCCAACAAAGACUGCCUUUAUGAAAGAACCAGGAAAAGCUAAAGCUGACUUUUUAGCCUCCAUCUCAAGUGAGAUAAGCUUUGAAGACCCCUGGCUGAAGCGUGGAAUGGAGGAAGGAAGACCUAGAGAACUUAUCUGUGAAGUAAAGCCAGAAAAGAGAGAAGCAGAGCCUUUAAAGACCCAUGCAAGGGACUUCUGCAAGGGGGGUGGGGAUCGCAGUAGCUCUAGCUCAGGAAGUGAGAUGGCGUCCUUUCCCGACUCCUUCAAGAGAGUCGUGGAUGGUUGUGAGAUGGUCACUCUCGCUGUACAAGGUGAAGGUUUGACUGGUAUCUGCAGCACAGAUAUCCACCGCACAGCCAGUCUCCCACGCGGAUGGCACCGUCUCAACCACCACGAUGGCUUAGACAGCGGAACAGAGUACCGCAAUCUUGGAGUCACCAAUUCAACACCCUGUAGUCCCCGAGCCACACUUGAACGCUUAGGGUCUAAUGGAAAACAAGGGUUCUUCUCCCACAAGAAGGGGGGAAUACCACCUCUUCCACCAGUACGAAAGUCCAGCCUUGACCAGCGAAACAGGGCAGCCAGUCCUCUCCCCCAACCCAGUCAUGGAGUGUCAUCGCCAAGCAGCACUGCAGAUAAUACAGCCAUCACCAGACAGCGUGGAUCCAGCAUAGACAGUAGCAGGCUCUUUAGUGCCAAGUUGGAACAGCUGGCCAACAGAACAAACUCUCUGGGCCGGGUCCAUGGGUCGCACAGUGGUUCCCACCACUAUGACUGCUUCUCCCUGGAAAGAGGUGAGAGCCUCAGAAGGGGAGGAGGAGUAAGGGGGGACACCACCAUGCCUCGCGCUGGCCGCAGCAUUACCCGCACCGGCUCCGUGUCAUCUCCCACCGGAAACCCCAGCAGCCCGAGUUUCAGUGGAAGCAGCAGUCCAAGCAGCGCUCCACAGUCACCAGCCAAGGGCAGUGGCCAGUCAAAGAUCUCAGCAGUCAGUAAGCUGCUGAUGACCAGCAGUCCUAAAUCCAGGAGUCUCUCUGCUUCAAGCACCAAGACUCUGAGCUUCUCCACUAAGUCACUAACCCAAACUAGCAGCCGCAGCUCCAGCCUUCCUCCUAAUGGAAAGAAUUCAGUCCAGGCCCCAGUUCAGCAGCAGCAAGGACCCGCCCCAGGAUCAUGGUCCACCCAGUCCCUGAGCCGCAGUCGUGGGGGAAGUCUAACGGCCAAAUUGCCUCUGCGGGCUGUCAACAGCAGAAUCUCAGAGCUCCUCCAGGGAAGCGCUGGAUCGCGUUCCAGGGGCCAUGUCCAGGGAGGAGGCGCAGAUUGGACAGAGGAAAGAGGAGCCGGAGCGACGAGUGGAGAUGGAGCAAGUGACGAAAACCUGGGGGAGGAGAAGGCAGCUGUGGUUCAAACACUGCCCUCUCCUUACAGCAAGAUCACAGCCCCGAGGAAACCACACCGCUGCAGCAGUGGCCAUGCAAGUGACAAUAGCAGCGUACUGAGUGGAGAGCUGCCCCCAGCCAUGGGGAAAACUGCUCUGUUUUACCACAGCGGAGGCAGCAGCGGCUACGAGAGCAUGCUAAGAGACAGCAGUGAGAACACAGGAAGUACUUCCUCAGCUCAGGACUCCCUGAGCGAGCAUAGCUCAGCCACCACCUCGUCCCGACGGAGCUCCAAGAGCAGCAAGAAGAGCAGGAGCAACACAGGCCUCCAACGGCGACGUCUGAUCCCAGCUCUGACCCUGGACUCCUCGUCUUCGUCACCUUCUCAGCGCUCCUCCAAACAGGCCAUCACCUCCUCUUCGUCCUCCUCCUCCAGUCCAGGUGCAUGCUGGGUGGACGGCCCACUGGGGCCUCCUGCACCCUCAAACCAUCGGGGUGUAGCCGCGUCCACGGAAACUAUUGAGAUCAAAGUGUACGAGAUAGACGACGUGGAGCGGCUUCAGAAGAGAAGGGACAAAGGCGGGAGCAAGGAGGGCGUGUUCGUCAGCGCCAGGCUGCGCGUGUUGGAGCACCGCCAGCAGCGAAUCAGUGAAGUCAGAGCCAAGUACCAGUGUCUGAAGAAAGAACUGGAGCAAACCAAACAGCACUUGAUGCUGGAGCCACACAAAUGGACAGCUGAGUUUGAGCUGCAGCAGCCCUACGACGUGGACUCGGUGGAGUAUUUGGAAGCCCUGGAAACGGUGACGGACAAACUGGAAACCAGAGUUAACUUCUGCAAAGCCCAUCUCAUGAUGAUUACCUGCUUUGACGUGUCUUCAAGACACCGGUAGAUGGAUUAAAGGCUGAGGAGCCAGAGAAAAAAAAAAAAAAAAAGGGGCCACAUUGAGAAAGCAUCAUUCUAAAACUGGAUAACGGGAAACUUGGAAAGAGGAGCCUAGAGAUAGAGUGACCUGGUAUUCAUGCAAGUGAUCCAUACAUCUCCUCUGGAAAUAAGUAGACCGGAGGACAGAUCAGAUGAAUGAAUGAAGAGAUCUCCAGAGAUACAAACUAACAAACACCGAGCUUUUAGUGCAACCUCAAUCUGAUAACCUUUGAUUUCUCUGGUUUGAGUGAAAUACUCAAAGAGAGAGAAAGAUAUUUGUAUGACAAGUUACUGAACCAAACAAAGAAAUGUUUCACAAAUAAAGACACCGCACACACUGAGUUAAGAAUGUACUGAAAAAAAGAAGAGUCUGGACAACAAAACCCCUACUUUUCAACAAGGACAAAGAAAAGGUGGAAGAAAGGGGCUGUAAAUGAGGUUUAAUGGCAGAAUGAUGCUGAAUUGUCUCCCUGGGAGAAAGACAAGAGGGGAUGAUUAAGAUAAGUGCCUUGAGAACAUUUCUAACACCAAGACCAAUUCCCUCUGAUUUUCUAUGUACAUGCAGAUGGUAUGGUGCUAGUAUAGAAAAAGAAAACACACAAAAAUGGAUGUCCUUGAACAUUUUCAUUUAAUCAUUUCCCAGUAUGAUGUUUUUCUGUGGGUCAGUGUUUCCACAUUCGAUAAAGGAAAAAAAAAAAGAAAAAAAUGUUUUAGUGUAUUGUCAUUGGUUUGUUAACGAGAGACACUACAUCACUGAAACAAAAAAACUGGCAAAGGACAUUGAAAAUUCUGAUCCAGCCUGUGAGCGUGCAGAGACAGAAACAGUAAAUCUAAUUCAUGGAGUCGUCUCUGCCUGGACCCGUCUCUCUAACGGUGCACAUCUGAGUUUCCAUCAGCCGGACUCGGGAGGAUUCCUGCAGCUCAGUCCCCUUGAUACUGAUGCGAUGGCUUUUUCAUGUUCACAAAGGAGAGAAGUGUCUGAGUCACACAGGAGUGGAGGGGGAAAGAUCUCCCUGUGAUCCCGUUUUAAGUGCAUCCAUUGACUGACUGGCUGCCUGCUGAGUGUGACUGAACGUUAUUUGUAGCUGUGUUGUUUCGCUCUGCUCUAAAAGUAACCGAAUGAUUCGUCAAAUGUGUGUUUUUCUAAUAAGGUUUCUUUUGUAUUUGGGAACAAUGGGACCAUGUAGAGGCUAUGCGUGAUGACAAAGAAAUAUUUCAAAUGCACUGCAAGAAUGAAAAAUAAUAGAGAGUGGUAUUGAAAUUAAAUUAUAGAUAUGCAUUAGUGCAAUUAAUUAAAUAGGCAUUCGCAUAUAUUAGGGCAUCAAUAUUGUGUUCAAACAUUGUAAAGAAUCAAUUAAAUUGACUUAUCAUAGCCCUCUGCCUGGUUCCAUUUACUUUGAAUGGAUAGAAAAGAUUUGUUAAUAUUAUCUAUGGUGCUUGAGAUGUUUAUGAUCUAAAUGUUUGUAAAAAAAAAAAACUAUAAAUAGAUGAAAGAGCCUGUUUCCCCUUGAAAUACAGAAAUGUUGUCGUUAUAUGCCUCUUCUCCAUCACAGCCAUCACCGCUGCUGUCCUGAGCGUAACAACAGUAACUCCACAGUUUAGCUUGGCCAUGUUUUCACUCUUGUCACACCAGGAGCCAAAAAACCCCAUAAUAAUAAUAUGGGUUUCAUUCUUCAAAAGUGUCGCUAUGCUCGGUUUAUCUUUCUGCUUUAUAAAAUUUACCAAUGAAAAGAUAAUACAGUUGAAACCAGAUAUUUACAUAAUACUGUAUAAAAGGUCAACCUUUUACCUCUCUGUCUCUGACAGUAAAUUAGACUGAACUUUUCUUAUCUUAAGUCGGCUAGGAUCACCAAAAUUACUUUUGUUUAGUAAAUGCCAGAUUAAUCACAGAGAAUAAUAUUUCAGAGAAGUUUUACUGCUUUCUUUAAAAGGUAAAUUUUACAUACACUAUCACUAUGCCUGUAAACAAUUUGGGAAAGCUUAAUUGGACUUUGUAAGGUUCUUAAAGGGUAAAUUCACAAGAUUUAGGUUAAUUGGAAAUAAACCUGUGGAUGUUUGAAAAAGCAGCAGCUCAAACACACUGCUUUUUUGUGUAAGAUCAUGAAAAUUUAGAAGAAGUUGGUGAAAACAUUCUCAGGAAGAGAGAAUUUUGGAGUUUGGCAAGUCUGGUUCAUGUCUGGGUACAAUGUCCAGUGGCCAUUAUUAACACCACAGAAAGGUCCCGCAACCUUACAGUUCAGGAAGAAGACGGGUUCUUUGUCCCAGAUAUGUUUGUGUUUUGGUAUGAAACGUGUGCAUCAACUCCAGAACAAAAGCCAAAGAACUUGUAAAGAUAUGCGCAGAAGCAUGGCAUUACUCCAAAGCCACAUAAUUUACAAAUGCACUCUGGACAAAAUGCUACAUUUUUGGAGAAAAGACUUCAACUGGGAAGUUAAAUCUGGGGUAAAAAUGCUCCUCCAAAUGGACACUGACCACAAGCUUAUAACCAAAUUAGUUACAAACUGGGUGCAGGACAACAAAAUGUAUGUUUUAGGAUGGGCAUUACCCUAAAACAUCGGCCCUGAUCUCAGUAUUAUUGAAAAUAUGUGGAAGAAGCUAACAAAAAGUAUUUAAGAGCAAAGUGGCCAACAAAUGUGAUUCUGUUCUGUCAGGAGGAAUGGGCUCAACUUCCAGCAAACUGUUAAGAGAAGCUAAAGGAAGAAUAACCAAAAAAAAUAAAAAUAAAAAUAAAAACGCCAAAUCCGCCAAUAACUUAAGGUUAACUCCUGACUUAGAGAAGUAAUAGGAAAUACUGUAUCUUCUUAUUCUGGCAUUCCUUAUAUAGAAAUAAUUUUGGUAAUACUAACUGACCUUAAACAGGAAGGGUCCAGUCUAGGUUAGUGUCUGAGAGACAAAAUGCAGACAUGAUUUUUAUACAUUGUGUGCAAAUAUCUAGUUUCAGCUCUAAAUGCGGCUGACUCUGUAGGGUUGGUCCAUGUAUGGCCGUUUAAAUGAGAUAAAGCCAUGGAUGUUUAUAUGGCACAGACCUGUGAUAAAAGCCAUGAUUUAAAAUUAACCCAGACAACAAGACACUUUUGACAACACGUCACUUUUUGGGGGAUUUGACGUGAAGCGGUUUCUUCUUUUUUUCUUUUUUUUUUCUCUUUUGGCAAAAUAGUCUCGACCAACCCACCUGUCAUGAAUGAAUGUUAAUUUAAAUUAAGCUCAAAAGAGAAAACCUCCUAAUUAAGCUUCUUAUUUAUUUACGCCUUCUGAUCUCGGUGUUUCUAUGCAUUAAACGAAAAAUAUCUGUACAUGCUUUGUUAAGUCCGUGCCAUAUAUAAAUAUGUGUAUGUAUGCACUCAUUUUUGUAUAUUCAUUUGUUGCUGUUCAUUUAAAUUUGCUCCAGUUGUUUCUCUUGGGGAAUACAAAUGAUAUUUAAAGAUUGAAUUUUUUCCUAAAGCAUUAACCAUCUGGUCAUCUGCAGACAAGUCCAUCUGUAUGUGGAGAUCCUUUUCGUACAUGUUCCUGCUGUAAAUCACAGCAGCAUGAAGACAACAGAGGUAUAAUCAAUAUAUAAUUAGGUUGUAGAUUUCCAUUUUUUUCAAGAGUUUUAAUGAAAAAAAAAAUACAGAAGUUUGGUUUUCUGCAUACCCAUGGCCUAUAAAAAACUAUAAGCUUGCAGACAUGGGGUUGGAUUCCAAAGAUAACUAAUGUUGGCAGACUUAUUGCUGUUAAAUAGGUUAUUGACAAAACUGAUUAAAUCUACACUGCUCAAAAAAUAAAAGGAACCCUUUUUAAUCAGAGUAUGACAUCAAGUCAAAUGAACUCCUGGAAUAUUGAUCUGGGUGGUUCCGUAGUAGAGGGGGUUGUUAAUCAGUGUUGGCUGUUCUGGUGUUAGUGAAAUCAACAACAGAUGCACUAAAGGGGAUCCAAUGAGACAAUCCCAAAAACAGGAAUGUUUUUGCAUAUGGAGGGAACAGACAUUUUAUAACUGCUUUUGAGAGCUGUAGUUUUGCAUUUGGUCGGUUGGGUGGUGGGUCAGUGUUGGUUUGGGGAAGCACAGUCAUUGAGGGAUGCAGAGACAUGUGGAGGAUAAACAAUGGAACCCUGACUGCCAUUAAGUAUUGGGAUGUAAUCAUUAGACCCAUUAUUAGACCCUUCGCUGGUGCAGUGGGUUGGGGCAUGACAAUGCCUGGUCUCAUGCGGCAACAGCAUGCAGGCAGUUCCUGGAGGAUGAAGGAAUUGAUACCACUGACUGGCCUCCAUGCUUCCCUUACCUAUAUCCAACAAUACAUCUCUCUGACAUCAUGUUUAGGUUCAUCUGACACCACCAGGUUGCACUUCAGACUGUCCUGAGGAUCAGUGAUGCCCUGGUCAGGAUCUGGGAGGAAAUACCCCAGGACACCAGCCAUCCUCACAUAAGGAAACCCUUACAUUGUCAAGCAUAGAUAAGAGCACCUGGGUGCAGUCAUGCAAACUACUGAGGACCACUUAGAGUUGCUACACUGACAGUUCAGCAGAUUGGACUAGCCUGCCGCAUCAGUUUUUCAGUUUCACCUUUUCUGUGACUUUGGAUUAAGUCCUCUUGGAAUUGAUAAUUUUCAUUUUCAUUAAAAUGAUGUGACAUCUUGUUCCUAAGAGAUUACCCAUUCCAUCUCAGUAUGGAUAUUCUGCAGGAUUUCUUUGUUUUGUUUUGUUUUUUGAGCAGUGUACAUUAGCCUCCAAAACUUAUGAAACAGGAUCAAAUUUAUACAAAAUAAAAAAGCUCAGUUACAUUUUUAAACUGUGCAACAUAAUAGAUAUUAGUAUUACAUGAGUCAGUCUAUGUUUAGUCUAAUUAUCUACAUUGGGGUUUGUUUUCCUCAAAGCAAACUCCUCUGGCUUUAACCACUAUAUUUCAGACUAGCUGUGAGUUUUUUUGUUGUGCUUAUUUUGAGCUUCUCAAAACCAUAAAAUUUAAGCUCUUUUUUCUUUUGUUAACAUUUAGCGAUGGUCUGGUAUUAGUGUAUAUCUAAAUGUAAACUGAAGAAAUCAAUGAAAGCAAAGUAUACCCCUGCAGAAAAUAUAGUUGGAAAAAAAAGUCAUAGCCGUUAUUACAGAAAGGCAUUGUGAACAGAAAUAUGAAGUUGCUUCCCAAGUUUUAGCCUGCAGUGUACAUUGGCUUAUGUGUAGACCCACGAAAAGGACAAAAAAAGUAAACCCUGUCUCCAAAAAACUGAGCACAAUUUUGUUAAAGCUCUUGAAUUAAAUCUGAAAGUCUAAACUUUUAUUCAAUAUUAAACAUUUAAUCUCAGAUCAAUUUUUACCGAAGUCCAUAUACAUGUGAACCUGUCUGUAAAUGAGUAUGAGAAAAACAAGCAUAUCAGGUAUUAUAAACCAGAUUAAAAGUUUAUAAAAUGACACGGGAGCAUUCUGUGUGAACAGAAAUGCUUGUAUCCCCAUUAGAAACAGCUUGGAGUGAUUAGCAGUGGAUAACUAAACCAAAAUCCUGUACAUGUUUCCAGUGUUAAGAUGCUAUGUGGGAGUUUUCCCUUCUGACUUUCGCUGUCAAAUCUGCCUACUUUAAAAGUGCUUUAAAAUUCAAGCAAUAACUGAUAGUCAUCAGAGGGUUUAGUGUCUCUAUUUAAAGCUAACAUAUAAGUCCAAGUGAAAGACGUGCCGUGUUUUAAACUAAACCACUAACGUGUUUGACUGAAACCUUUGCAACUUAUGUGUUAUCAGAAAAUCUGACACAUAGCAUCUUCAAAUUGUUACAGAGGACUGUGGGGUACAGUCAGGGUCAGACCACAUUUACCAAAAACAAAAAAACAGAUUUUUGCUGGUGACGUUGUAAGAAUUGAGAAGAAGUGUUAUUGGUUAAUUUUCCACCCAUUCAGAAAGUUUCUGUACAAAAAUAUUCCUGUCAAUAAAUCUCUAACGCAGCAACACAACAAAGAAACAAACAAGAGAAUAUGCCGUGCAAUAUUCUGGAUCUAUGCUGUCUCCAUGUAGACUAUUCAGUGAAAUAAGGUCUGACUCUUACUUUUGGUGGAGAACAUAGAAGGAUGUAAAUAAAGGAAUGUAUUGAAAGAGU